CUGGAUGAACACUAGCAUUAAAACACACCUGGCGUUCACAGCUGACGCGACACACACCUGAGAGACAUCGCAUCACAGUUAUGUCUGGCUGGUUGAAGGACGGGGUGGUGCUGGAGGGGACAGGCAGUGGUCAGAUGUCGCCUCGCUCCAGUCUGAGGAGCCCCUUACCGAAUCGCACAGCGAGGUUACACUCGUCAAACGAUGCGACCUCUCCUGACUCAGACAGAAUGAGCAAAGCUAAAGAGCUCUUUGAGCUGUGUGAUAAAGAGGGGAAAGGAUUCAUCACGAAGAGAGACAUGCAGCGGCUCCAGCAAGAGCUUCCUCUGUCUCCCGAGCAGCUGGAAUCAGUGUUUGAGAGUUUAGACAGAGACAGAAAUGGUUACCUCACACCCCUUGAGUUCCACACGGGCCUCGGAGAGCUUGUUGGUUCUGGGCCGGAGGAGAGAACGGAGAGCGGAGGUGGAGAGAUGGUCAGAGAGGAGAGAAUAGAGCCGAUGCAGAUCCGAUUCACACACAUCCUCAUGGAGCUGGGAGCUGAUAAACUCUUCAAAGAUCAGUGGGAGCUGUGUACUCUGUGGUGUGAGCUCCAGAGGGACAAACCGGAGCUGCUGGGUGUUUUGGAAGAGGUUCUUUCCUACACUGUGUCUCAUCUUCAGGAUGCACUCAAAGAGAGAGACAAUUUAGAGCAGGCACUGCGCAGGAGAGAGGAAGAUCAUGACAGAGUGGUUCGGUCCAUGUAUGAAGACAUGGAGAGUCAGUUAAAAGAAGAGAGAGAGAAACGACAAGCUCUGGACAGUGUGAAGCAAGGAGACAAGAAAGAGCAGCUACUACAGGAACUGAAGAUGAGAGAACAAGAACUUGAGUUCACGCUCACCAAACAGAGAGAGUUGGAGAACAGGAUCAACAGUCUAAGCACCGAUCAGACUGACACUCGUGGGGAGAACCGCCGACUGCAGAACAUCAACCAGCAGCUGCAGGACCAACUGGACAAGAGCCGAGAGGAGCUCCAGCACGCUCUGAGCCAACUACAACAACUACAGAACACCAUUAAACAACAGCAGAAGGGCAAAGAGAGAGACGUCCUGAAGGUGUCCCGAAACAUGCAGAAGGAACGGGAAAGCCUCAUGAGACAGCUGGAUCUUCUCCGAGACAUGAACAAGCGUCUUCGGGAUGAUAAAGAUGCCCAUCAGACACAGAAGAUGGUUAGUCAAAAAUACCCCUUCAUGUCUCCCACUUCUUACCCACCAUGCCGCUGUGUUCACGCCUUCUCGCCGUGGGUGCGCUCUGUUCACCCGUAUUAACCCUGCCUUUUGCCCAUGAUGUAACAUAACCCACACUGCAUACCUGCAGAAUGUGCAGCUAAAUGGGAAAAGCUUCAUUCAUCAGGAUGUAUUCCUUUGGUUUCUGAGAGCCCAUGUUCCCUUGGGAAUUCACUAUGUUGUAAAAGAUGCCGGCCAUGCGCUCUUCAGGUGCAGCUCUGGUUAGUCUAUUCUUGGGAGAGAGAGCCUUGUUCCAUUCGUCAGCCUCCGAGAGGAACAAAAACGAAUGACUUGAAGGAAACCCAAUGAAGACCUUGUGUGGAACAUUUCAAACUGUGAAUAUGGAAUGUAGCCAAUGUGCACCAAUGAAAUGAGUCACUUUAGAAGAAAGAUUGUUCCUUGUUUCGGUCUGUUACAAACAAGUGUGAUUCCAAGAUAAUGGUUGUUUUGUUUAAGAACAGCCUUAAUAGCUUAAUUCCCCUCAUUUUUAUUUUUUAAUUUUUUUUUUACAAAGAAAGAAAACAAAAAGAAAAAUAACAUAACACUUAAUUUACCUAUUACAUUUCAGUGCCUUGAAGUAUAUGGCACUUUACCUCAUUAAGGCUCUUAUUAUUUCAUAUUUGUACUUGUAAUUUAGUACAGUUUUGUUUGGUAGUUUCUUUUGAAAUGAGCAGUUCUGUCCAAUGACAGUUUAUGUGUUUGGUCUCUGAUUGACUCAAAAUGAACAAAAUGUAGAUUAUGUUAAGAUUUAAAGUUGAACAAAUGGAUAUGUUGUCAGACAGGAAACAAUAAAAGUGUUUAUUCAUCUUG